AUGUACGCCAUAUUUUGGGCGGUUAAGAAGUUUGAAUAUGAGUUACGAGGAAGAAGAUUCAAAAUAGAGACCGACAAUAAAUCGCCUGCGGAGAUUAUAAAUAAACCAAACUUUGAUAACGCAAGAAUAAACAGAUAG